CUCGACCAGCUCGCAGCGGUAUAUCAGGUAGAUAGGUUGGGCGUAGGCGGCAGAGAUCUUCCUACGAACGGCCAGGUCCAGCUCGCGGUAUCUCCCGGACCUCGCCAUCCACAUGUGACAGGCGCAAUUUUACUAUUAGCAACCCCAGUAGGACCGAUACAAGCAUGAAGUCGAUGGAGAAGGAUGGGCGAGCACUAAGCAUCCGCGAAGCCGCUGGCCCUGGGGCUGGGGGGGAUAAGGCAAUGCUCGGGGCCUCCUCCGCAUCCACGGGACUCGUCGAGGCCCAGGAGGAGCAGUUUGACGAAAAAGAGACGAGGCGUCUCUUGAGGAAGAUCGAUUGGCAUGUCAUCCCCAUCAUGAGCGUUGUCUGCUUAUUGUGCUUCCUCGACCGCAGCAAUAUCGGGAACGCGCGCCUCCAUCACCUUGAGCAGGACCUUGGCCUCGUCGGACUCCAGUACAACAACUGCCUCGCCAUUCUGUUCCCAUUCUACAUCGCGGCCGAGAUUCCGAGCAACAUGAUGAUGAAGCGCAUCCGCCCCUCGACCUGGCUCGCCUUCAUCAUGCUCUGCUGGUCCGUCUGCACCGUUGGCCAGGGCUUCGUGCGCUCGUAUGGCGGCCUGCUCGCGACGCGCGCUCUCAUCGGUGCCUUUGAGGGUGGGCUCUUCCCCGGUAUCAACUUCUACAUCACGCAGUGGUACCGGCGCAGCGAGUGCGCCGUCCGCAUGGCCGCCUUCUUCGGCGGCGCCACCGUCGCCGGUGCCUUCGGCGGGCUCCUCGCCCGUGGCAUCGCCGAGGCCGACGGCGCCGCCGGCCUGGCCGCCUGGUCUUGGAUCUUCAUCAUCGAGGGACUGCUAAGCCUGCUCGUCUCCUUCGCCGCCUUCCGGCUCAUCAGCGACUACUACCCGACUGCCAAAUUCCUAACGACCGCCGAGCGGCGCGAGGUAGCGCGGCGCCUCACGGGCGAUUCCUUCGCCGGCGACCCUACUACCGCUGCUGCUGCUACCGCGUCCGACGACUUCGACUCGCGGUACGUGUGGCAGGCGCUGGCGGACUGGAAGAUCUACGUGCACAUGCUCAUCUGCAUGGCGGCCUUCUGCCCCAUCUACUCCUUCUCCAUGUUCCUGCCCACCAUCGUCGCCGACAUGGGCUACUCGGCGCACGACGCGCAGCUCGUCAGCGUGCCGCCCUACGUCUUCGCCUGCCUCUUCUCCGUCGGCGGCUGCUGGCUCGCCGACCGCGCCCGCGCCCGCGGCGUCUUCCUCCUCGCCUUCCAGGCCGUCGCCGCCCUCGGCCUCGCGCUCCUCGCCGCCGCCCCCGACCCCAAGACCCGGUACGCCGGCACCGUCGUCGCCGCGAUCGGCAUCUACCCGCAGAUCCCGCUCGGCCUCGCCUGGAACAGCAACAACAUCGGCGGCAGCCUCAAGCGCGCCACCGGCAUCGCCAUGCAGGCCAUGGGCGGCAACUGCGGCGGCAUCGUCGCCUCGUACGUCUACCUCGCGCCGGACGCCCCGCGCUACACCGCCGGCCACAGCAUCCUCGUCGGAUUCGUCGGCAUAGCGUUCCUCUCGACGCUCUUCAUGACGACCUGGUAUCGCCGCGAGAACGCGCGUCGCGACGCCGCCGCCGCGAGCAGCCCCGGGACCAAGACGACCCCGGAGCGGACCGCGCUCGACGUCGGGCUGGCCGACGACGCCCCCUCGUUCCGGUACACCGUCUGACCUCGCUCGUGGCGUCGCGAAGUCUUUUUUUUUCUUCAUCCAAAAUCAAAGGGACGUAGAGGACAAUGGGAGAAAACACGGAGCGAGUUUUAGGGGGCGCUGUUCGAGGAGUGGCCAUGGCGGGGUAUACCUACGAGCGAAUGUGUUACUUCGGACCACCCGACACGUAGGCGUGAAGACAUUCUCAACUAAGGGGUUAGAGAAGUGCCUUUUUUUCCGGAGUAUAAGUAGAAUGUUCGGCAGCAUGAUUGGGAUAGAGCUAAAUGUAUACAAGUCUCCCCCUGCGACGACUUUGUACAAUUAUCUCUUAAGGCCUCGUUUUUUUUCGCAGCCGAUAGCACACCGGAAAAUCACACCCACCCUGUCCAUUUUCUAUGUGAACAGAUAAAAAAGAUUUUUAUUUUGCUCCAGGCUUGAAUGAGGAGAUUGGGUCGUGUACAGUAUUUAGGGAACACCAGAUAGACAGCCCGCUCUGCAGCGGGAAUAAACGACAAGAUUGAUCUCAUAAGUAGAACCGAGCGAGAAAAACCAAUGCGUGCACGCUAUGCAAUCAUUAACCCACUCCGACAAGACGCAUACGCGUCUGGUGUUGAUAAAUACCCAGGUCAUAACC